CAGCUUCUUCACAACAGCACGACCGUUCGAGAGAGAAAGUCACUCCCAGAGACGCCCGGACCGGGGCAAUCACAGUGCUGUUAUUCAGCCACCUGUUUUGGGGGAAGGAAGUUACUUUCAGUCCCUUUAUGUUGCGCGUUUCACUUUAAACGGGAAUAUGUGGGAUCGGGCAGUCGUGGACUGUGACAGACCUGACAGGAUUUAGACACAGCGCUAAACUAAACGCACGCGGCGCCGUAACUUAGUGACAGAAAUAACAAAAGCUCAGAAGACGACGGUGCCCGACCGCAGGAUUUUAUUAUAGCCCGUUUGUGGAUAUUUGACAGCAUGAAGUUUGCGGAGCACCUGUCCGCCCAUAUUACUCCGGAAUGGAGGAAACAAUAUAUCCAAUAUGAGGCUUUCAAGGAGAUGUUAUAUGCCGCCCAGGACCAGGCUCCAUCCACAGAAGUUACGGAUGAAGAUACUGUUAAACGGUAUUAUGCCAAGUUUGAGGAGAAAUUCUUCCAGACGUGUGAAAAGGAACUUUCCAAAAUCAACACAUUUUAUUCAGAAAAACUGGCAGAGGCGCAGCGCCGAUUCGCUACUUUGCAAAACGAGCUGCAGACAUCUUUGGACGCCCAGCGGGAGAACAACGCUCCAGGACUACGCAGCCAACGCAAAACGGUGUUCCCUUUAUCCAUAAAGGAGCGCAACACACAUCGUAACAUUAAAGAUCUGCAGCUGGCCUUCAGCGAGUUCUACCUCAGCCUCAUCCUUCUGCAGAACUACCAGAAUCUGAACUUCACUGGAUUCCGGAAGAUCCUAAAAAAACAUGACAAGAUUCUGGAUACACCGCGUGGAGCUGAUUGGCGUGUGGCCCAUGUGGAGGUGGCUCCGUUUUACACCUGCAAGAAGAUCACACAGCUCAUCUCUGAGACCGAGGCUUUGGUGACCACAGAGCUGGAAGGUGGUGACCGUCAGAAGGCAAUGAAGAGGCUGAGGGUUCCACCUCUUGGAGCUGCUCAGCCUGCACCUGCCUGGACCACCUUCCGUGUUGGACUGUACUUUGGGGUCUUCAUCGUCCUGGCUGUUGCCUUCGUCCUUACCGGUGCUUUUUUCAUCCGUAAUCAGAACAUCUGGCCACUGGUUCGCAUCUACCGUGGCGGUUUCCUGCUGAUUCAAUUUCUCUUCCUGUUGGGAAUUAACACUUACGGCUGGAGGCAGGCGGGUGUCAAUCACGUGCUGAUCUUUGAGCUGAACCCUCGAAAUAACCUCUCACAUCAGCAUCUCUUUGAGAUCGCAGGGUUUUUAGGGGUGAUGUGGUGUCUCAGCAUACUCUCCUGUCUGUUUGCGGACUACACUUUAGUGCCUACGCAAGCAAACCCCCUCAUCCUAUACGGCUUUAUGGUGCUAUUCCUCAUUCUCCCCUUCAAAACCGCAUACUACAAAUCACGUUUCUGGCUCAUUAAACUGUUGUUUCGCGUCUUCACCGCCCCGUUCCACCGGGUUGAAUUCGCAGACUUCUGGCUGGCUGACCAACUCAACUCGCUGGUGAUCGUUCUCUCUGAUCUGGAGUACUUGGUCUGUUACUACAGCAUGGAGCUGCAGUGGGGAGAUCGUAGUGGCUUACUGCCCAUCAAAUAUGGCGAUGAAAAGUGUAACAGCUACUCUUAUGGAGUCCGCGCCAUCAUCUACUGUCUGCCCGCGUGGCUUCGGUUUGUGCAAUGUCUGCGACGUUACCGUGACACCAAGAGAGCCUUUCCUCACCUGGUGAAUGCUGGGAAAUACUCCACCACCUUCUUUGUGGUCACGUUUGCAGCCCUAUACAGAACUCACAAAGAUCAGAAACAUUCAGAUGCUGAAGUCUUUUUCUACCUGCUCAUCUUAUCUUCAGUCGUCAGUUCACUCUACACACUGAUCUGGGACCUGAAGAUGGAUUGGGGUCUUUUCGACCGCAACGCUGGAGAGAACACUUUCUUGAGAGAGGAGAUUGUUUACCCACAUAAAGCCUACUACUACUGUGCCAUAAUACAAGAUGUGAUCCUUCGCUUUGCAUGGACGCUGCAGCUCGCUCUGACCUCCAUGACCCCCAUUCCCUCCAUCGAGGACAUUGUCGUGACCAUUUUAGCUCCUCUAGAAGUGUUUAGACGUUUUGUGUGGAACUUCUUCCGUCUGGAGAACGAGCAUCUGAAUAACUGUGGUGAGUUCAGAGCCGUGCGGGACAUCUCAGUGGCUCCUCUGAACGCCGAUGACCAAACGCUGCUGGAGCAGAUGAUGGACCAGGAGGAUGGGGUUCGAAACCGACAGGGCAAGAAGAGCUGGAAACGUAGCUACAGUCUGACUUUACGACGACCCCUUCUGACGACUCAGUCUAAGAAGGACACCAAGGUGCUCAUUGAGGAUACUGAUGAUGAAGCCUUCAGCUGAAUCCAGACUCCGCCUCUCUCAAACGUCUCUCGGUUCCUCACACAGAGCUGCCUCGACACACCUGAUCCUAAACACACACAACCACUUUACAAGUCCAUGCAAAGACAGAUGUAAGCAGAUGUAAGCACAACAACAGCUGUGAGACAUAUCAGGACACGACAGUGACAUCACACACGUCAGGAUACACACACUUAAACUCGCACAGAAUAGCCAAGUGUGGAGUUUUCCUUUAAAAGUACUUUUUAUUACUUUUUUAUUUAGUUUCUCUAUAUUGAUACUUUUUUGUAUGUUUGUUUAGCUAUAUUACUGCAUACGACUGUUUACAAACUUAAUACAAUAACUACUGUAGGAUCUACAGGGAGGAGAGAAAUUUUAUUGUAAAGAGUUACAUAGGAGUUACAAUAUCGUGCACUUCACACACUAAGACCGCAGCUCGGUUAGAAAUAACAACAGCUCAAUGGGUUUUUAAUUCAUUUCCAACUAUUUGUUUUUGUUUGUACUAAGUUAAGUACAGCCCUGGUGGCACUUUGUGGAAAUGCUCAACAUUUCCAAACCAUAACAAAAGUUUAUUUAAAUCAUAUUUAAUAUGCAAACAUAUUUUAUUUUAUUUUUUAUGUUUUGAUAUCAAACCAUAUUUGGUUUUGUGUUUAAGAAAAAGGAAAGUAUUUUUUAUUAUUUUCCUUUAGGGAGUGAUGGUUAUAUUCAGCUAUCCUCUCAGGAUGUACGUACAGACUCGACCUUCUUUCUUGCAACUUACACUUGAAAACUUAUCAUUGCUGGAUGACUUCAGACGCCACAUUAUGGUAACAGAAAUGUCGCCCUGUGAAAACAAAAAGAAAAGAUUUAAACAUAAUUGCCACCCAUUUAAAAUGUUAAUAACUGCUGUUAUAAAGGUGCGGGGAUGGCUGCCCUAAAAUGCAUUUUUAUUGAACUAAUGUGUUUGCUACAUGGUUUUCGUAUUGCUUAUACAUUCUGCCAUAACCACUGCAGGCCAAAGACAAAAUGCAAACACUGCCAAACAAUAUUAUAAAUCUUAUAGCUGUGAUAUAAAUAUUUGUUAUACCAUAUGGGAUUUUUAAAAACAACGUAUUUUAUGCAGUAGUUCCUGUGUGGUGAGGAGUCUUUGUGAAGUCAACACUUUUAAGGCUGCAGUUUGGUUAUUUGUUAAAUGCUUUUUGCAUGGCAGUAUGUUUAUAAUCAUAUAAACAUUUUGAUGCAAAAAAACCUUGUCAUCCGUACACUAUAUAACCUAAAAUCUAUUUUUGAACUACAAACCGCAUUUUAAGAAGAGGAGAGAUAGUACAACCUUCUUUCAUUAUAAUUCAUAUCUUAUAACUUUUUUGCAAUGUUUCAGUAAAAGGAGAUGGAUACUGGAGUUGCAAUGACUUGGUCUUAUAUUGUGAUCGUCAUCCAAAAAAAAAGAAGUGCCGGGGCUGCUUAUGUUUGUUACAGUAUGUGCACUUUGUAUACUUUUAUAAUGGUUUAAAUCAAUGCCUUUUUCGAUUGCAUGCAUUCAUGUAUUUUGCAAGCACAAUCUUUCGGUUGUAAUUGUAGAAAUGAAAAUGGAUUUGUCUUUUUUUAAUUUUCUCUUUAAAAUAAGUAUUUUGUUGAUGCUUAACAAUUAUGUGCAUGAGAGUAACCCAUUUAAGUUUACUAUAGGUACUGUAUUUAAAAUCAUUUCAAGCCAUUUUUGCACUGAUUUUAUAACACAAACCAUGAAAUCUGAAGAUAUUUAAAAAGAAGUAAUGAAACAAACUAUUGUACAUCAUUAUCCGUGUUUUACCAGAUUUGUGAUUGCAAAAGAAGAUAGACGGCUAUCCUUAUUCUGAAAUGUGGUGUUACUGUGUUGUAUAGGUCCUAUUAAUAUGAAUGAAAAAUGACAUAAAUGUUUGGAACACUGCGUUCUCCUUUGCUCUGUGUUCAGUUCACAACUUUUUGAACUGUAUGAAUCUUUUAUCAAGCAGCACACACAAAAAUAAAGAUACUGUACAAUAAUAUCAGCUUAUAUGGAUGCUGAGCACAAAUUUGCCCCAUCCACUCCUGUUGUAAUGCAUUGCCAAUUGUCUUGCCUGCAUGCUGCUUUUGUUUUGCACUGUAAAUAAUGUUUGAUUUGACUUUUUUUUUAACAUUUUACUUGUGUAAAGGAAUGUUGGUUAAUUUAUUGUAUUAUUUAUGUACAAGCUAGAGUUUUUUAUUUUAUUUAAAUGAGCAGUAUUAUGGUAGAUGAAGGGCAUUUUUGAUUAGUCACAAUCCUGCACUGUCUUGAUGAAUACUGUAUGUGAAUUACGUCAGAACUUAGUGUAACUUAAAGAUGCAUUAGUGAAUAUGAAAUGUGAUCGGUUUUAUCUAAGUGUAUAUUUCUACUCAUAGCACUUUCAUCCCUAGGGUUUGUGCCCAUCUGACAGGACUUGUUGGGUGACGGUGGUUUUAGGUGUAUUUUGUGUACUCUGAUAUAAGAUGGGGAGGGGAGAGGAUGGCGACAUGUUGGCAUUCUCAGCUAUGGGUCCUUUAAUAAGAUUAACCCUGUAAACGUAGGGGUUUUAUUUUGUACAUGCAUUACAUGCUUUUUUACUUUUUUGAACUGGAAUAAUAGACAAGCCCUUACAUCAUUCUUCAUGGAAGAAAAAAGCUAUAUGUUGAUUUGAUUGCUUGCUAAACCCAUGAUGUUAAGUGCUUGAUAUUUCUGCAUCUUUUCUAUCUCCUAUCUCGAUGUUGUAUUUCUUCUUAAACACACGACUGUGACAUUGUUUGUAGUUUGUAGAUGGUUGUAAUUUUAAGUAAAUUAAGACUUAUGGAGAUAAUAGAAAAACUUGUGAUUCUGUGAUUAAGUGGAGACAUAAAAUGAAAGAAAAUGUCUAAGAGUAGUUUGUAAAUGUUAAGUGUAUUCUUAUGAUGGUUCCACUGAUGAUCUCAUUUGUGUUUCUGCAUACACUUUGGUGAUCCUGUCAUAUUUGGGUUUUAUAAACCACGCUUAUUUUUAAAACCUUCA